CGCCACGCACAUUAAACAUGGCGGCCUCCAAGUGCACGCGUCUUGGCGGAGAGCUCGCUCGCCGUUUCGUGGCGUCGGUGGACACGGUGCUUUUUGACUGCGAUGGCGUCCUGUGGCGGGGUGACGAGGCCGUCCCCGGGGCCCCGGAGCUGGUUAACGAGUUGAAGCUUAGAGGGAAGCGGGUGUUUUACCUGACUAAUAACAGCACCAAGACCCGGGCCAUGUACGCCGAGAAGCUGGGGCGGCUGGGGUUCGGGGCUGAGCCCAGCGAGGUGUUCGGUACCGCUUACUGCACGGCCGUGUAUCUGAGGGACGUGGCCCGGCUGGCAGGGAAGGUGUACCUGAUAGGGGGCCAGGCUCUGAGCCAGGAGCUGGGGGCAGCUGGCAUCCCUCACCUGGGGCAGGGGCCAGACCCAAUCACAGGGGGCUUCAGUGACUGGGCCGGGGUGGACAAGGACCCCCAGGUCAAAGCUGUAGUGGUUGGCUUUGAUGAACACUUCAACUACAUGAAGCUCAACCGGGCUCUUCAGUAUCUACAGGACCCCUCCUGCCUCUUCAUUGCCACCAACACUGACACCAGACUGCCCUUGGAGGGGGGCAGGGCUGUCCCAGGGACAGGUUGUCUGGUGAGGGCAGUGGAGACUGCAGCCCACCGAAAAGCCCAAGUCAUUGGUAAGCCCAAUUCCUUCAUUUAUGACUGUGUGGUUAAGGAAUGCGGAUUAGAGCCUUCUAGGACCGUGAUGGUGGGAGAUCGUCUAGACACUGACAUCCUGAUGGGUUCAUCUUGUGGAAUCCGCACCCUCCUGACCCUCACUGGGUUCUCCAGCCUGGAAGAUGCAAAAUCAUACCAGAAGAGUGGUUCUGACUCCAUGGUUCCUGAUUAUUAUGUGGACUCUGUUGCCGACUUGCUGCCAGCUCUAUCUGAGCAGGAUCAAUAAGCCUGUUUGGCACCGCAGGACUGUCGCUCACCACACUGAUAAUGCACCAUAAUUAAAUUAUGCAAAUAAUUGUCCUGGAAGAACCCAACGCACCUAUCUUCUGUUCUCAGUGCAGCUGUAUACUAUCUCUACAAGCUAUAGCCUGCCAUCCAUGAACGUUUUCUAAAAUGUCAAGAGAUUAAUUUUAUCCUGUUGUCUGACUUAGUAUAUAAUUAUUUUAUGACUGAGUCCAAUACCAAAUUGUUUCUUAAAUCUAUGAAUAGUCGGGCCCUUUUUCGCUUCAAAUUAAUUUAUUAGUGGUUCGCACAUGCCUAAUCAGGUACUCAAAGUUUUAAGAAUUAUUCAGCCGGUCUUUAAACAUAAGCGUUUGUUGGAUGGCAUGUAGUCAUGUUACAAUUCCAUGUAAAGUACCGGUAUCUGAACAUGUUACUGACUGAAAUCUUAGCAAUAAUUUAAUUUGUAUUUUUUUUUGUUAACUGAAAUAAUUAGCAAACUGUUAAAUGUGUAAUAAUCAUAUGCAUGGGGUUUAUAGAACCCCAAAAGCACAAUGGUGGGUAGAGGGCCAGUCCCUUCUAUUCCUUCACCGUGUGCAGAUGGUAAACCAAUAAAACAGGUAUUCCAAGGACCCAGCAGCAGAGUAUUACUAAUAACACUCACUGUGCCUUGUGUUGGGGUGGCCCUCCUCUCACACCUCAUUGUUGAUUCAAUUCUGUGUUUACACUCUUAAAGGAACAUUACACACACCUGAAGCACUUUAACUUGCUGAAGUGCUUUAUAUGUGAAGAUUUUGUCCUUUCUCUUCCUCUUUUCCCCCUCCAUUUUACAAAAAUUGCAAAUUUUAAUAGAAAUUUGUACUUUUAUAAAUUAUACUUUUUACUCUCACCUGGCUGUUGGACAACCGGUUUCUUCCUGGUUGUGGAGCUAAACCCAUGGCACCUGCUUUGCAAAGACUUCUCAUUGAGCUGCACUUGGAAGUUUGAUUGGACAGCCACAGAAACACUGGGCGGGGUUAAAAGAGGAAGGCUUACAAAUGGAGGUAAUUUAGUUUCUCCAAUGCCCAGGAGAGGCUUUUAGCCCAUCUGCCACAUCAAGGCAAACCUCUCAGUCCUACACUAACCUUUCACCUUGCUUCUGGCAAAGAUAUCUCUAAUGAGACCGGAACGGGUUUUCACCCCUACAUGCUUAUUAACCCCUGAUAAGGAACACAUGGGAUGGGCAGCAGCAUUGUAACAUAGCUGUGUUAUACAAACAGUGAAUACAACAAAACAAGUCCUGCGCUCAAACUCCAAUCACUCCAUACCCCUUUCCGUCUCAUUACAGAUGUCUUUGCCAGAAGCUCAAGGAAGCAAGGUGAAAGGUUAGUGUAGGACCCACCUGAGAGGUUUCCCUUGACGUGGCAGGUGUGCUAAACUCUCUCAUGGCCAUUGGAGAAACUAAAUUACCUCCCUUUGUUUAAAUAUACAUAGGGAUUUGGGAAAAGCGAAGGUAACUUUUUUUUUUUUCUACAGUAUGAGUUGCUCUGACCCAGUUUUCUUAAAACCCUGGUUGGAGUAACCCUUUGAAUGAUAUAUUUUAACAGCCAGUCUGCUCCAAAUGUGUACCACUCCAGAAAACAUACCAUUGAUGUUAAUAUUCAUAAGUAUUCGUUAACAAAAAAAGAAUAGUUUUGAUGCUAUAAGUGCUCUAUAUCUCAUUAUUGGAUUCCCUCCCCCCCACUUUUUUUUGAAUAGUUUUUUUAUUUGACUUUUCUUUAGCCGUUAAUUCUUAGUCUACACAUA